ACUAUCACAGCAUCUUUACAGUAAGCAAGAUAAUAUUGACUAUGGCCCUAUUAUUAUAUUUAUAUAUAUUGCAGAAACUCAGGAGACCUGCUAGAAACUGAACCAAAGCUUUUUGUGGGUACUACUGGAUAGCCUUUUGUUCUGUUAACUUAAACUAAAGUGUGGUUGUAAAAUAUGAAAGUAGGAAUUCAUAAAUAAAUAUAAUAUAGUAUAGUAAGUCAUUAUUCAUUAUUAUUAUUAUUAGUAUUACUAUAUAAUAAUAUAUUAUAAUGAUAUAACUAGAAUAGACUUUAUAAACUAUCGUCAUUUUCAUUAUAAAUCAAGUAGUUUUAAUUUAAUUCUUUGGUAGAUUGAUAUUGUAACGUAAUUAAUAUUAUGUAAAUAAAAUAUAUAUAUAUUAUAUAUAUAUAUAUUAUAUGGCAUCCUUCCGUCUUUGCGAAACGAUGGAGUAACUAUGGCAAUCUCGACUGCAUUUCUUGCAGGAGAAUAUUGAUACCUGGUAAGAUCUUGACUUCCGUAUUGUUCUUUUUGUUGCAAGGGCCUCGUGAGUCGUUUCGCUAUCUUCUGCCUUUUUUACUCCUUCAUACUCAUACACUGCUGUUCGGCACCUGGAACGUUGUUCGGCACCUGGAACGUUGUUCGGCACCUGGAACGUUGUUCGGCACCUGGAACGUUGUUCAGCAAUGAGCUCCCAUUCAUUGUUUUCAAUAUUGGCUUCCCUCAUGCUCCUUUUGCAAACAUCCAUAAAUCUCAGGCGUAGCCGUCCAAUAAGUCUUGUCCCUUCUGUCAACUCUUCAAACAGCAGCAUCUUUGGGAUAUGGCCUUCCUCCAUUCUCCUUACGGGGCUAACCAACAAAGGUGCAUCUUGCUAAACAUAUGUGCACCUUCCAAGACCUCCAUGUUAGGCACCUUGUCCUGCCAUCGAAUGCUUAAAAUGUGACGUAGACAUCUUUAGAGGAAGCUGUUGAGUUUCCGCUCCUGACUAGUAUAUUUGGUCCACACUUCGCUACCAUAUAGGAGCGUACUAAGCACACUUGCCUGAUAGACACUUAUUUUUGUUUUAUCAGUUAGAUUGAGAUUAUUCUACACCCGCUUAUUCAGUUUAGCCAUAGUUGCUGCUGCUUUUGCGAUCCUGAUAUUUAUCUCUUCAUCGAGGGAGAGAGAACUAGAAAUAUUGGAUCCAAGUUAUAUGAAAUGUUCAACAACCAAAAGAUUAUGACCCUCAAUAGGUAUGAUUGGAGGGGACGAAAGUCCAAACUCUUUACAAGCGUGUGAUAGAUGAUUAACCAGCCCCUGAAGACCUUCUUCUGUGUGAGAUGUUAUGGCGGCAUCAUCUGUGAACAGCAGUUCACGAAUAAGUACCUUUUUUACUUUGGUCUUUGCACGAAGGCGAUAUUGAACAGCCUACAAUCAGAUCUCUGGGAUGGACAUACAAUCCAUCUUCACAGUCCCUGAAGGCAAAUUGAAGGAGCAUCGAGAAGAAAAUGGAGAAGAGUGUUGGUGCCAUUACACAACCCUGUUUUACGCUGCUGCUGACUGGGAAUGACUCAGAGACAGUGCCAUUGAAAGUUAUCGUGCUGUGCAUGUUAUUGUGAAAUGACUGUAUGAUUGUGAGCAGCCGUGGGGGACAACCUAUUCUUUGCAGGAUACUGAAAAGGCAUCUCUGACUUACCAAGUCAAAUGCCUUUGUCAGGUCUAUGAAAGCAAUAUAAAGAGGUAUAUUCUUUUCACCAAGAAUAUUAUGUCUAUUGUUGAGCGCCCACUGCGGAAGCCACACUGGAACUCUGGGUAGAUGCGGUUUGCCAGACUCUGCAAUCGUUUAAGGGCAACACGGGCAAAAGUCUUUCCAACUAAGCCAAUAUAAUAUUAAUAUAUACUGGAUAAUGUUAUAAGUAUAAGCCUUAUUUUAUACUAAUACUAUGCCUUAUAUUUAUAUUAAUUAAAUGAGACAUUAAUAUACAUUAUAAUUAUAUAAACAUAAUUAUAUUAUAGAGUCAUUAUAUAGUAUAGUAUAAGUAUAGUAAUAGUAUAUAAUAAAUAAAUAUUAUAUAUAAGAAUGAGCUAGGCUGACCAUUAAGCCAAAGAAACGAAGCAAUUUUAAUACUCGUAUUCUUAAAAACUAUUAGCCAUUUUCUAUAUAUUUUACGGAAAUUGAAUAAAUUUAAAUGCGAAGAAAAUAAAAUAUAUUAGCUUUUAUUUUAGUAAAUGUUCAACUAUUAUUUUUAUAAAUUACAAAUACAUUUAAAAUAACGGCUUACCAAAAUAACAAUAAAGGAACUAUUCUAAGCAUUUUAUACGAUUUUGACAGUUAUGAACAAAAAUUUAAUACAAAAAUUAUGAUCUAAAAUUUACAUCGUAAUCACAUUUAUUGGAAAAACCCAAACAUCUGUUUUUUUUAGUGGGUUCUAUGGUGCGUUGUUAAUAUUGCGAAAUAAAAUUAAAACUAAUUUAUUAAUUUGAUUUAAAUAAACACGUAAAUGACUCAUAGCACGAAUUGCCUAUUUUAGCCAAAGCUCUAAGUUUCUUUGAUUUAAUAACCACAUGUGACAAACUGAUAAUGUAUUUUCCCCUUCUUAAAAGUAAAAUUAAUAAAUAUAAUUGAUUGCUUUUUAAAUUGUUAAUCAAUUCAAACAAUUUUAUUUUUGUAUUUUUAACAUUUAAUAAGUUUUUACUUUUUAUUCAUUCCAAAAAUAUACUUUUAUCAAAAUUAUAAAGAAAUAAAAUCUUAACGUAUGAAAAAACCAUAUGACUAGCAAAAAAUGUGUGUUUGCGUACAUAGGGUGCUACAAUCCCAUGGAGGAUUUUAUUAAUUUUUAUUAAAAUCUGAGCGGGGGCGGGGGGGGGGGGGUGUCGAUACUAUCAUUUUGCCCCAGGUAGCACAAGAUACGCUUUAGAAUAAAGGAAUGGAUUUGAUAAAAAAUUAUUUUUUUCGGUACAUAUAUAUCGAAAGUAGAAAAUAAGGGGUGGUAAUUUUAGGGGGGGGGGGGGGGGGGGGGGGGGGGUGUCGAUACUAUCAUUUUGCCCCAGGUAGCACAAGAUACGCUUUAGAAUAAAGGAAUGGAUUUGAUAAAUAAUUAUUUUCUUCGGUACAUAUAUAUCGAAAGUAGAAAAUAAGGUGUGUGCAUUUUUACAUGGAUGACAAUAUCUUUAAAUCCAAUGAUAUUACAGUUGUGAAAAAGAGAUGUUAGAUUCUGUUUUGACAAAUAUGCUUACCAAUUAAGAAAAUCAAUGGCGUUAACAAAACAUAGGUACAUUUACAUAUUAUGUAUACCCAUGAAUAUCAAAACCCAGUGAUUUUACAGAUGUGAAAAUUUAAUUUUGAAAAAUAGAGGUGGGUCAAGAUUUUUUUUUAAAAAUUGAAAAUAUAUUUUGUUUUUACUUUGAGAAAAGUAAAGUGGCUGUGUAUUGUUAUGAGAUUAAUAACAUAUCUGUAAAAAAGAACUCAAGGUCUUUACAGACGUGAAAAACGGUUAAGAAAUCCUUCUUUAGAUAAAAGAAUUCUUUGUUUUAUGAGUUUCCGAUAAUAUAGUAGAAAACAAAGGCAAACAUUAGGUUACACUUUUAAUGAAAAUAUGAGUAUAUCAAAUUCUGUUAAUAUAAAAUAUAUUUAAAAUGGUAUGGAGUUUUUGUUGUAAAUUUAAGAUUAAGUUUUCACAAUUUAUAGAGAAAUGUUUUUUAGUAUAAGUGCUUGAAAAAAUUUAGGGUAGGACCAACAUUUAACAAAUAAAAAAACACAUGACAUCUUAAGUAUUUUGCAUAGAAAUCAGCCGUUAACUCAUUUAGUGAUUGUAAUGAUUUAAUCAGUGAUAAUUUAUAUAAUUUGGUUAUUUAAGGUCAUGUUUAUAUUUAAAAAAAUUUAUAGUCUAGGGAUAGGGUAGGCAUAUAUAUAGCAGCCAAAUACUUCUUAAAACUUUUAAUGAUGUUAGAAACGAAAACAUAAUUACAUAGAAACAUCUUUUUAAAAUAUUGAAUAGUGAUGAGUUUUGCAAUAGCAGGUGGAAAUUAACUUCAAUGUCUUAAAGUGCCUGCCAUUAUUAUCUCAAUAACAUUGGGUGAUAUUUUCUAGUAAUAAAAUAAUAGCCUAGUGACAUAUGCCAAGGCCUACAGUACUUCAUAACUUGUUAGACUAGGAACUAUCAAUUAUAUAAUAAAUUGAUAAAAAUGUGAGACCUAUUAUUGUUACAUAAAAUUUAUAAUAGUACUGGGAAUGUUAAUUUUUUUUUAGGCUAUGUAGUAUGUGAUUUUUAUGAUGGCUCAUGUGUAUACUGAAUACUGUAUAACUAGACUAGUAGUAUGACUCUAUUAACUCUAUGAAAAUAACUAAGUGAAUGUCAUCAGAAUGUGAGUGUUUUAUGACUUCAAUGUCUUAUGAGUUAGCCUUUAAGUUGACCUCAGACAGUAGAAUACUCUCUAUUCUAUAGUCUGUUAUAGUAAGACUAUGUAUAAUAUGAUAUAUGUUGUUUGAAAUUAGGUUUAACUCAGAGUAGCCUAUUUAAUUAAGGUUAAACAUAUUUUAAUAUUUGCUUCACAUUCAUUGCAUCAAUGCGGCAUGCAUUUCCUACUUUCCUUCUACUGAUCAAUUUACUACAGACUAUUUAGCUUAUUUUUGUAGUUGUACUUGCUCCUCAAUAAGCUCCUUUUGGCUAAUUUACUUCACUUUUUUAUUAUAUUUUUAUAACUUAUAAUCUUAUUUAAAUUUUAACACUUCAGUCACUCCAUUUUAUUAAAUUAUUUGAACAAACAUUACAAAUAAUUAAAAACUAUCGGUAUAACUUUCCCUAAACAUUCAUCUUUCCCUACACAUUCAUCUUUUCCUAACUUCUAUUCUGUGUUAGCCAUAACAACACAAUCUUCAUAAACUGCCCACAUAUAGGUGUGCCAGUAUUCUGGUUUUUGAAAAUUAAUGAAGUGUCACAACUCCAUCAUCUGCCAUUGCUCCAUUUAUUUAAAUUAGAUAUUCUAUAAGUAAUAAGCCUAUAAUAAAAAAUAAAUUUGUUCAUUAUUGUAAGGCUUUCUUACAAGCAGCGGUAUUCAACUUGUGGGUCACGAACCCUUUGGUGGUCGAAUGACUAUCACACAGGGAUUGCCUAAGACCAUAGGGAAAUUAUGGUUGGGGGUCAUCAAAACAUGAGUAACUGUAUGAAAGGGUUGUAGCAUUAGGAAGGUUGAGAACCACUACCUUUGAUUUAACUAUGACAGUGAUCAUUUUUAACAUUAUUUCACCACUUUUCUAAUAAACACACACUAUAUAAAUUUUGGUUAAUGUAUUUGGUGAUUGCUCAUACAAGUGGAAGUGCACUAGUUAAUCAGAGAAUAUCUAAGAGUGUAGUAAAGUAACAAUAAAUAAUUUGUAAUUUUGUUUCUGCAGUUAAAACAGAGCAUCAAUGCUGUAACUAUAUUAUUAACAUUAUGAGAUCUAUGGAAAAUGGAAGAGUUUGAAGAUCUUCAGACUAUCACAGAGUCACUUGCUGACACAUUUAAAAAAUACUUAAAUCCACAAGCUGUUGUAGAGAAAUGGAAGUUUAAAGGUGAGUUAUUCAUAUGAGAUACAAUUGACAAGGAAUGUGUCAUGCAGGCAGGGCUGUGCUGAGGUAAUAGGUAAAGAAGUGCCUAGGGUAAAGCUUUCAAUGCUGCUCCUCAAGAUAUCAAAAUAACUGCCGCCCUGGACAGUCCAGUAAAAAUAUGAUAUUUGUCUUUGUUGAGUACAUGGGAUUUUACUGUUUUUUUAUCAUUGUUAAGGUCUUAUCUAAAGAAGAUUUUGAGUACCCCCUUAGCCCCCUCCUUUGCACGGCAGUGCAUGCAGGACCUCUUUAAAAAUAUUAAAAUUUGACAGUGAAAAUUGUAGGCCUAUAUCUCCUACACUGGAAGUCUCAAGCCAGAUUCUGGGCUAUAGGUUAGAAACCCCUGGACGUGAAAUAUAAAACUCUGUUGCCUUGGAUCAAUAAAUUCUAACUGUAUUUAUAGCUACCAUUUCAUUUUUUAGUGUUGAUUUAAUAAUCUAAUAAUGCAAAUUUUUUUUUCAUCUGUUAAAAAAAAAAAAAAAAAAAAAAAUAAAUUUUAAAUUUUAUUUAAAAAAAAAAAAAAAACAACUUUAAUUAAAUAAUUUAAAUUAAAUUUAAUUUAAAUAAAAAAAAAAAAUACAUGUCCACCCUAGCCCUUUAAAUUGAUAUGCAGAUGCUCCUGCAAAUUUUGACCUGUAUGAUUGUUUGAUGAAUAUUCUACAGUUGUCCCCAAAAUUUCUUUGAAAGAAUCAAAUCAACACUUAAGUUUAGUGUUUAAUAUUCAAAAUUUCAGAAAAACUCAUUAUUACUAUUAAUGCAAUUCAUAAUUUGAAAUUUUAUUAUGAUAGAAUUUAAGUAUUUUUUGUUUAAAUACAUGCAUGUUUAUUUUUAAAAAAAUAUAUAAAUAAUUGUUUGACAACAGAAACUUUUAAGUUGUUGUUAUCAUUAAAGUUUAAAAAAAUGUGCUAUGUUCUCCAAUUUCAGAAAAGGAAAGUGAAUUAGUUUUCCUAUCAGACUUGGAGAAUUCAAGAGAAGAAUCUGUUGUAAAGCUUUUGAAUUGGGUACAUGAGAACAAGAUAAAUGGCGAACCUGCUCUUAAUCUAUUUGUUCAGACUUUAAUUGAAUUAUCUGAAGAUUCAGGUAACUGAAACCUUUAGCAAGAUUUUUUGAAUUUAUGUAUGACAUUUUUGUAGUCAUACUACAUCUACAUUGUUGACUAGCAAAUCAGACCACAAAAAUUACUUUGUAGAGUCCAAUACUUUCAGAUAUGCUUGUUGAUUGAGAAUAUGCAUUUUGACCUUCUUGAAAGUCCAAAAAAUCACAAUUUAUGUCUUUAUAGCUUAUAUGCUGGUUAAGCUUCUAUUAUUGUUUUUCGAUUUUUUGGGGGUAAUAAUAGUAGCUCAUUUAUUCCACUACAAAAAAAGGACCAUAUAAUUUAGCCCUUAUUUAGGGGGGCUUUAAAUUUUUUUUACAUACAUUAACAUUUUAAAUCUAUUGUCUCAAAUUCAAACUGCACCAAUAUGUCUCUGAUGGCAUAUUUUUGCCACUGUUUAACAUAGAACAAAUCACAAAGUUUUAAAUCAAGGAUUGGAUAAGAUGAGUUUAGAUUACUGUGUCAUAUAAUAUUUAAGUUUUUACAUGCAUGCACACUUUCUUUUUAAAAUAAAUUUCAUAAUAAAUGCAUCAACAUUUUAUUAUGAAAACAUCAAUAUAAUACAUUUUUCUAGAAUAACUAACAAAUAUUCUUAAAUAUUGUACCCCCAUUCAUUUGUCAUUUGUUAUUUCUUAUUGAAUUUAAAAAAUAUAUCUAUCAAAUACAAAAAUUAUCAAAUCUAGAAAUUAAACAUUUAUGAAUGUUGACAAAUUUUUUAAACAGCAGGUGCAAAUUCAACUGCAUAUGUGAAUUCUCAUCACUCUACUAAUGCAAUAAAUGGUCAAAAAGUGGAAUUGAAGAAAUGUGUUGGAUACAUACUUCAAUUAGUGAACAGAAAAUGGACGCAGAAAAUGUCUGAUACUGAGUGGCAAGAAAUAAUUGAUGUGAUGAAAUCACAUAAGUUUAUUAUGGAGGUAUUCCGAAUACAAUUUUCAGCUUUUCUAAAUUUUUAUAAACUUUUCUUUCCAUUAGAUAACACAAAAAUUUAAGUUUACUCAUAAAAUAGUAAAAUCCAGAAUUAUUUAUCUGCAAAUUUCUGAUAUUUAAAAAAUUGUUCUUUAUAGAAAGAUGCCAGAACUUGCAAAGAGAAAACUGAACCGUAUGAGAUGUGUUUAGAGUUGAUUCAUUCUAUCAAAAGAAAUAAGCCAGAAUGGCCAUGUGAUUUCAUUAAUGCAAUUGUCGAAAGAAAUCCCGAAUUAGUUGAGAUGCAACAAGAUGUAAAAGGUAAUUUAAGUUACUACAGUUUGAAGGGUUGUUUAGUAAAGAUUUUGUAAGAUGAUAAGAUUCUUUGAUUGAUCCAAAUGAAUGGAAAUAUAUUUUUAUUACAUUGUACAUAUUCAUUUUCAGCAUUUUAUAAAUAUUAUGAUUAAGAUAACAAUUUUUAAACCAGAAAAAUAUUAAAUUUUUAACAUUUUAAUUUCUAAAGCAAAAAAAAAAACCCAGCUACUAUAGGCAACAAAACUUCAAUGCCAUAAUGAUAAUAUUGACUUACUUGAAUGAUUACUUAAAGCAUGGGCAAGCAUACUGGUAUAUUCUGACAGGUUAUGAAUUAAUGGAAAACAAAUCAGUUAAAAACUUGUUUUAAAAUAUCAUUUAAUUUGUUUUUUAUAGCUUUUUUAAUGCUAAAUUUAAUUCUUAAUGCUAAAACUGUAUUCUUAAACCAGUCUUUUUUAUGUGUUUUGAUUCAUUGCAGCCAAUCAGUUUGGAAAUGUUCGUUUCAAGACAGUAAGGUUAGAGCUUCCCAUGCAUACGGAUGUUAAUUUCCCAGAUGAUGAUUCAACUGUUUCAGCUCUCAGCUCUAAUACUCUUCCAUCAAUGAGUGAUGACUGGGAAAAUGAAAUUAAUGCUAGUUCUCAUCUAGGUUAGUGAACAUGUUUUAAUGUAAUGGAUAAUAUGUAUGCAUUUGAUCAAAAACUAAAUUAAUACCAAAUCCAAAUAUCUUAGAAUAAAAAAAACCCACAAAAUAUUAUUAUUUAUUUUUUCUUAGACUCGAGAAGAAGAGAAAAGAGUAAAUUUCACCUUUCAAUGGAAAUGAAGAAUUCUCCAGGAGUACAAAUGGUCAUUUCUAUGGGUGCACUGAAUGAUGAUCAAAUUACAACAGAGCCACAAGAUAAAAAAGCAAAAUUUAUUUCUCAUAGUCAAAGUUUCUCUGAUGAAGAAUUUGAAUCAGAAGAAGCUGAUCAGAAUGAAAAAGAGCAAGAAAAUGGUAAAAUUUCCUUUGAAUGAACUAUUUUCAAUAUUUUCCAUAAACAACUAAUUAGUGCUAGAAUUUUUAACUACUUUUUGUUUAAUUUGUGGGGAUAAAAAUGAUAAAAUAUAAAUUGAUACUUGGGUAAAAGCUCCUAUUUGAUUUGAUGUGUACAUCCAGAGAAAAUUAGUAUGUAGUUCUGCACAACUCCAUACUGAAGAAUUCUUAUGAGAAAUUCUUAUAUCACUAACUGCUAUUAAUAAGAAUAAUUAAAUUAUAUUUUAUUAAUUAUUAUUUUUUAAAUAGUGACAUUUUUUUUCUUUUUUUCAGCGCAUUCAAAUGAACAGCCAAGUUUAAAUUUGAGACAAUAUCAAUUAGAACUUGCUGCUAAUGCACUGAAGGGGCGCAACACCAUCAUCUGUGCCCCUACAGGUUCUGGAAAGACCAGAGUUGCUAUGCACAUAAUACUAGAACACUUAAAAGGGCAGAAAGGUAAACUGAUUAAGGAAAUCACUCAUUUGUUAUAAAUAGUUUUAAAGUAAUUGUUAAAGAAUUUAAGUUGAUUCUAGUGUUUGUAAAUUUAGUACAAAAUUAUUUUGAUCCAAUAAGUUAUGAAAGAGAAAAAUCAUACUUAUACAUUUUUUUUUUUGCCAUUGUAAAUCCUAUUUUAUGAAAAUUCAGUAACAUUAUAUGGAGAUAAUACACUUUUCUUUGAAAUUAUCUUAUACUUUAAAUGGUGCUCAGUCAUUUAAGAUUUUAAAAAAUGGUACAAUCGUCAAUUGUUAUUUAAAUAUAUUAUUAGAGUAUAAGUAAUAAAUAUUUAAUUACUAUUCUUUUUUGGCCAACAAGAAAAUGAACCAAAAAGAAAGGUGGCUUUUCUAGCAAGGACUGUUCCUUUGGUAAUGCAGCAAUACAAAAGCAUUGGGAAAUAUCUACCAAAGCCUUAUGAGGUAGAAUAAAUAUUCCAAUUGUUUAUUUGUAUGUUUUUGCAUAUUUGGAAAUUUGUUUGAAAGAAAUUUGCAGACAGAAAUUGUUUGAUGGAAAAUUGACGGAAAUUUGGGAAAACAGAAAUAUUCUAUAUUGGAAGAGAUUUGGGGAGUGGAAGUUUUUGUGUGUGCACACUUGUAUUAUGUUAUUAUCUAAUAUUAAAGCCUGUUACUGAUACUUAUUGUAUCUUGUAUACAUUCUUUUGGAGGCUGAGCUAGUCACUACCAAGGCAUAACAAAACAAGGCAUUCUUUGUUACUUAUUGAUUCUGUAGAUCAUAAAUGUAUGCAUUAGGAACAGUGCACAAAUCAAGGCAGAUCUUUUGGGGGGAGCCUAUAUUCAUUUUGGGGGGGGGGGGGGGGCUUUGUUCAAAUGUGUGCUGAUCUGAGAUAUUUUCCUCCAUUUCUUGUAUGGUUCUAUUUGACAGAAAGAACUUGAUCCAAUUUUAGGCUUCUCAUUGGAGUUAACCUAGCUGCUGUGUUUUCAACUUUCGACAAAACCAUCAAUCUUCAUAAUUAAAAAUUACUAUGUAUUUGUUGAUAUGAUUUUAAAAUAUAUUAUAUUUUUAUGCCAUAAUAAUAUUUCAAUAUGUUUACUGAAAACUAGUGAUCUAUAAAUGUUAGCCAUUUUAAUUUCAAUUAGUUUUAAAUAUUUUUUUAAACUAAAAAAUAAAUAUGAAUAAUAUUUUUAAAAUCAUGAUAAUUAAAAUACAACAAAAUUGAAAUUUCAUUUCUUAAUUAUAUCUCUAAACAAUGUCUAAUUAUGGAUGAGAUGAAACAAAUAUUUACCUUUUUUCGAAGGUGACAAACUUGACAGGUGAAAGUGAGGACAGCAUGCAUCUUCACAUGAUUCUGCCUGACAAUGAUGUUAUUGUAAUGACUCCUCGGAUCUUAGAGAAUCACUUUCAUAGGAAUUGUUUGCCCAACCUUGGAGUUUUUUCAAUGCUGAUAUUUGAUGAGUGUCAUCACACACGCAAAGGAGAGCCCUACAACACUCUCAUGUACUCAUAUCUAAAAACAAAGAAAACCAAUCCUGAAAUCAAGCUACCACAGGUACUUUUUUUUAAUACAUCAGGCCGUCAUUCUUGAUUAUUUUUAUUAAAAAAUAUAGAAUGGGUAGAGGAAAAUCUGAAAAAUGAUAACGCAAAAAAGUGGAAGUUUUGGCCAAAAAGCCUUCGACAGCAAAGAAACACCAAGACAAACACUCAAAGAAACACCAAGACAAACACUCAAAGCUUGUUGUAAAGUUGUAUAAUUAACAGGAAAGCUAGACAUCAUUACAACAUUUUUUAUAAUAGAUAAAUGUGAUAAAAAAUGAGUCUAAAGUUUUAAAACUUUAUAACCAUUUUAUAACCAUUUUAUUUGCCAAUAAAUUUUUAAAAAAAUGCUUCUCUUGCAACUAUGUUGGUUUGCUGUUUGAUAAGGGUUUUGAUCUAAAACUUGUUUAAAUUCUUUAUUAUAAGGUAAAUAAUUUACAUAUUGUUAUCAUAAUAAUUGUGAUUUUUCUUAAACUAUAACUUAAAGUAGUAAGUUUUAUGCCUAUUUUUAUUUUUAAAACAUCAUUUUUUUUAUGUUCAAUAUCAAAAAUUAGAUCAAUAAAAGGAAACUAAAACAUUUGACAGUAAUAAGCUAAACUAUAGUUUUAAUUGCUGUUAAACAUGAUUGCAGCUAAAUGACCAAAAAAAAACAAAAUUUAAAAUAUUUUUUAAUUUUACAGAUUGUUGGCUUGACCGCUUCUAUUAGUGUUGAAAAAGCAGUUCAAGAUGAAGAAGCAGUGAAAUGUAUUUUGAAGGUCUGUGGUAACUUGGAUGUGGAUAGUAUUUCAAUGGUUCGACAGUAUGAGGUUGAGCUGAAAGAGACGGUACCAGUACCAGAGGAAAGUAAGAGACUUUAAUCGUAUUAUGCAAAAUAAAAAUAAUACAGAAAGUACUCAAACAUUUUUAAUGAAAGCAUAAUUGUAUAUUAAAUGUGAGUAUUUAGCAUCAUAUAAUUAAAACUCUAGUUAAAACACACUUGGUCAAUGCAUAAAGUGAACUUGAGCACAUAGAAUAUGCCUGUAGGAUAACAAACAGUUAUGAUUUGAUUUAAAGAGGGAGGUAUUUUUUAGAAUUUGUAAAUCUAUACAAGUAGUCAUUUCUAUUAUAAUAGUUUCUGUGUUAAUUUGAAUACUGAGCCACUCACAUGUAUAAACAUGUUCAAUUUUAAGUUUUAUAAGUGACUAUUAAAAAAAAUAUCUAUUUGAAUAUAAAACCCGAAAUCUAUAUUCCAAAUCAAUCAGAAUAAAUUAGGAAGUAAAAGAAAUAGUAGAGGAAAUUUGCACUAACGGAAAGCUUAAAAUUUCAAAAAAUAAAUUUAUAAAUAAAUUUUAUUUCAUUUCUCUAAUAACUUUUAUUUUUAUAAAAUUGCAAAUUGUUGUAAAUUUUAGCAUCCAAUUAUUCCUAUAUUUUGUAACAACUAAUAACUUUAUUUACAGAGAUGAUUAAACUUCAUGAACGAGACAAUGACCAACCAGUGGAGAAGAUCUUGUCCAUUAUGGAAAAGUUAGAAGCUAUAAUUAUGUACCAUGCCAAGGGUAAUUACAGCAUAUUUCAUGUUGCUUAUCCAGUUCUUUAAUUUAGAGUAGAAUUUACUAUAAUUAGAACAUUUUAACUUAAGAGGGAAGAUAUAAUAGAAUCCUUAUUAUACCACUAAAAUGACAUUUGCAGUAACAAUCUUUAAUUUCAAUAAAUAUGAAUCUCAUUUUCUAAAACCUAAAAAUUCAUUUAACACUUUAUUAAUUUUAAAGAAUAAAAAACUUUUUUUUUUUUUUAGAAUAUCUAUAAACUACAUAAUCUGUAGUUUAAUAUGAUAUAUUUAGUAGUAUUUAUUUAAUUUAUUUUCUGUAUUUCAGUUUAAAGAAUUAAUUUGCAUUUUCAUUUCUAGAGAUCAGAAAUCAAGAAUUAAAUUCUUUUGUUCAGAAGAUUCCAACAGACAAAAAAAGUCAACAGUAUGGCCAAUGGGCAGUAAAGAUAAAAAACCUAGCAAAAUCUUUACCACGUAAUGAAGAAAAAGAAACAAAUUUGUCUGUCCGAUAUAUAAUUAUAGUUUCUGAUUAUCUUAUGGUAUGUAUUUAAAUUUAUGCACUGAUCUACAGAGUAUGUGAAAACAUUUUCAUGUGGUGCUUGAGAUAAUCAAAUGUUUCUUACUUAUGAAAGUUUUAACAAUAUAUAAAAAGAAAAUUAGAAAAUAAUUGGACCAAUUAAAUUUUAUAUAUUAAAAUCUUUUUAUUUCUUUAAGAAAAUCUUUAUAAAAAAAAGUAAAUAUAUUGUUCAAAGAAAAGAUACAAAUUUUCUCUAUAGAAUAAGAUAAAGGGUACAAAAUUUGUAUUGCUAUAAGGUAAUUUAGUAUUUUUUCUUGUAUUUAUUGCUAGUAACUUUCUCCACAGGCUUAUAAUGUAGCUCUUGAAACUCAUGACCUUGUUCAACUUAGGGAUGUACUCUUUUACUUGGAGAAAUACUUUGUCAAGUAUCGAGAAAAUGAAAAACGAACAUCUGGGGAGAGCACAUGCUAUACUCUGUUUGAAGGUAAAAUGCAUACAUUUUAUCAGUCACUCAUUGGUCAAAUUAUUAAUGAUCUCUUUUAGACUCAAAUUAAUUAUAUAUGCGAGAAAUGCAGUUGAGAUUGUCAUUCCAGGAUUGGCCUAGUUAGCUACUCAUCGAAGUGUAGACCUACAUAGCUACUCCAUUGUCUCGCGAAGACGGAAGGAUGCCAUAUAAUUAUAUUUUUAGCUGCUUCUGUGAAAUUAUUUUACCUAAUAGCUUUUGGAUUAAUUUUGUGUGGUCAAUGAUCUUGUAUCUAGAUUAAUCAUUAAUAACAUUUAAAUACCUUUUUUAUGUCCCCUUUUUCUUUUGUUAAAUCAAAUUAAAAAUAAAUAUUGCUUAAUUUUCAAAUUAUUCUAAAUAUCCUAUCCUUUUUCAUAAAUAGUUAAAAUAUGAUUGAUAUAGUAUUUUAAUUUUUUAUUUAAAGUAUUUUAAACAUUUUGACUUCAAUACAGGUUUAAAACAAGUUCUCAAAAAGCGUGGCGAUGAUGAGAAUCCUAAUCUGACUCUAUUGAAGCAUACUCUUCUUGAGCACUUGGUAGGGAAGGGAGAGAAGUCUUGUGGCAUAAUAUUUGUUAGGACAAGAGCAUUAACAGAUGCACUGACAUCAUGGCUGCAAAGAUGUGGUAACAAAGACCUGCAGAGGCUUAAAGCUACAGUGUUUACAGGAACAGCAGCCUCAGUGGACCAAGGAGGUUAGUGUAGAUUUUUCUCUAAAAUGAGUAACUGAAAACAGAAAAUAUAAAAUUUUAAAAGAAUUUUACUAUUACAAUAGUACACCAAAUACACAAAAAACCAUUAUCCCAAAUGCUGUUUAUCUGAUCUGCCUGUCUUUUUUUAUUAUUAUCGAAUGCAUGGCAUGGUGCAUUGGCUAUUAAUACAGAAAAACAAUUCCACUUGUCUUAAAUUCUAUGCAAAAGCUAGAUAUAUUUACAUGCAGUGCCCACACCGGGAUAAUGUGACCUGCACACUUGUUAAUAUAUCCUAUAAUUCAUGCCUGCAAAGACACAGUUUUCAUUGAUUUUAUUGUAAGCAUCAGUAAUCUAUUUUUGGAAAUGACCUCUUGUCAAGUGAUCUGAAAAAAUAUGUCAUCCGAACCACCUCCAGUCUAAUAGUGUGUUUUUAACUUUCAAACUCUGAAUAUAAAGUGCAAAAAGCUCUGAAUUAGGUAUUCCUGGAUUCCAAAUAAUUCUUUAUGUAGGUUCAAAGGAUCCUGUUCUUCUUAUAUACCAUGAAGUCUCAAUUUAGGAAAUGAAGAAUGCUAAGAAGGAAAUAGCCUUUUCUCAAAAGCUCCAAGAAUAAAUGUGCAAGCAUCUGUAUUACUUAUGCUACACAUUUCCUGUGAUGUGAAGUAUAAAGUUAAAUAUAGUUAGGGAGCAGUUGUUUAUAAUUCUUUUAGUUGAUAAUGCCAUUUUGAGUAAAAUGGUUUGAUCCACAUGGUUUAACAGGGAGGAAAUUAUUUGUCUCAUUGGUUUGAUUCUAUGCAUCAAUCUAAGAAUGAUGUGAAUCAUCCAUGUUAGAAAGCAUUUUGAAUUUAACAUUUGUCUUAAACUCUAAACUAAUUAGGCUGAUUUGGUAGGCCUGGUGUAAUCUAUUAAUUCCUAAAUUUAUUAAAUUAAAAAAUAUGCUUUCAUUAAAAAUGUUUGAGUACUUUCUGUAUUAUUUUUUUAAAGAAUCGAACGUCCCACUAACACACCUGACCCCAUAAAAUUUCUUCAGUUUACAAUGUUUAAAGAUAAUUCAAAAGUUAAUGAGUAGAGCUUUUAUCAUAUAGUCUGCCAAACUUUCUUUUUGAUCUUAGGUAUGACUCAGACUGAACAAGAAGAAAUCAUUCGGAGAUUCCGAACUGGUGAUGUUCGCCUAUUAGUGGCCACUUCUGUUGGUGAAGAAGGCCUCGACAUUCCUGAAUGUAACCUUGUUAUUAAAUACAACCAUGUUGGCAAUGAAGUUACAACUGUUCAAACGAGGGGUAAGAUGUUUUAUUUGGUCUUGGAAUAGUUACUUCUUUUGAAAUGAUGCUUAUUUAAAACAGCAUAUUUUGUGGCCUGUGCUGUACAGACUUCCUCUUCAGUUGACAAGAGUACCUUUCCAGAACAAUUUUAGUAAAAAGUAGACACCGUAGCCAUGUUACAUGGUGCCGUCUUAUUAAAUCUCUCUUGACAGUGUUAUGCCACCUUUUUAAAACUCAGUCCCAUUCACAACCAAUUACCGGGUGAUGUGGGGCAUUGUUCCACUAACAACCUUUGAAGCUAGCAUUCUCUGUUGAUGACCUAGAAGAAGAUGAGGUAAAGCCUAAUAUCUCAUCUUACUAGCUUCAAUGGUACUGGCAAAAUCUAUGUGGUUGACACUAUGAAUUACAGCACUGAGUGACACCAACCUUAGUGGUGACACCGAUUACAGUAAAUCUAAAUAUAAAACAUUAAAAAAAUAGUAUUUAAAGUCAUUCAACAAUAUUAAUCCAUACUGUAAAUUAAUGAAAUGAAAAUAUUUCUUUGUUUGAUUUCUCAACUGUUUGAUUUUGCUUAAUUUUUCUGUUGUUUGGUUGUGAACAAUGAAUGAUUUUUAUAAUAAUUAAGUAUACACAUUAUAAGUAAAGUCCUUCCGAGUGGGCUAGUAUAAAGGGGUCAGGUGGAAAUCAUAAGGGGUAUUUCGGGAUAGGGUAAAGCUAAAGAGAAGUAGAAUCUGGUAAGAUAUGGGGGUGGAUGAGAUUUGGAUUAUGUGGAAGAGAGUGCGAUUAGAGAGGAGGCCUAAUAGAUUUAUAGAGGUAGAAAUGAUUGGACAUUUAUGGGGCAAAGAGUUGUCAUAAAGGAAGAGUCAGUAUGGACAUUUAUGGGGCAAAGAGUUGUCAUAAAGGAAGAGUCAGUAGAAUGAUAGGGUAGGAGAUGAUUAAGGUUAGGAUAAAGUGGGUGGAGUAUAGGGGAAUUGUUCGAGUGUUAGGAAUUAAAGCAUGUGUAGAAGGUGUAGAUGCUGGGCAGAAUGGCAGAUAGUUAAGGGAGAUUGUUUGGGAUUGGGGGAUGUGUGAGGUUUGGUAUCUCAGAGUAUCUGUGAGAAGUAAAGGAUGGUGUGGGUAUUGUGAAGGGAUUUAGUGAGAUGCUAGAAGCUGGCGAGGGAGGGACAAUUACAGGAAGUAUGUUACCUAUUUUCUAACUAUUCUUUUUUGGGAUUCCUUUAAAUAUAUAUUACAUAUUCAAUACAAAUCCCUCCAGACCAACCUGCUCCAUCGAAGCACAGAUGAUUUUAAACAUUUUUAUUGCUAUUAAUAAUCUAUUGUAUUGCUAAAUUUUAGGAAGAAGUCGUAAGGAAGGCGGCAUGUCAAUUUUGUUGGCAAUGGACAAAAUUCUCAGGAAGGAGAGAAUAAAUCAGGAAAAAGCCAAAAUGAUGACCAGAGCCUUACAAAAGAUUGCUUCCAUGAAUAGAAAAUUCAUACGCAAGUCCAAUCAGGCACAUCAGGAGCAAAUAAUGAAAGAAGAAGAAAUAUUAGAAUAUGUGAAAGAGCAGGAAGAGAGUCGAUUGCAGAGAAAGCCCUUUAAAAUGGUAUGCAUUUGAUCUUGUUUAGAGCUGUUUCUUUUUGUGUUUUUCUCUGAGCAAAAAAAAAAAAAAAAAGUAUAAUUUAAAUAUGUAAUAGUUUUAAAAUCGUUAAUAAUAAUUAUCCACCCUUUUUUUAAGACCAUAGUAUUUAUUUUUAAAAGUUUUUUUUUUUUUGUUUUUUUGUGAAAAAAAAAAAAAAAAAAAAGUAUAAUUUAAAUAUGUAAUAGUUUUAAAAUCGUUAAUAAUAAUUAUCCACCCUUUUUUUAAGACCAUAGUAUUUAGUAUGUGGUUUAUGACGUGUGAUGCAGUAUAAUGUCUUAAAAUCACAUGUGCUUUCUUUUAUGGCUUUGUGAUACAUUAACAAAUGGUAUACGUUCAACAAUGCCUCUUAACUCUUACAAUAAAUUUGUGUUUACAUUUUAGGCAUGAAUGAUUGAAAGCUUUCUUUUGUGAAGGGAUGCAACACUUUAUUUAUGUACCGAUGGGCUAGGCAUUUAGCUUAACCGUUAUGUACUAAAAAUGCUUUGAGUUACAUUGUGUCUAACUAUUUUAAAGAAUAGGCUCUUUUUGCCACCACAGGUUUGCCACUUGUGUCGAAAGCUUGUCAUAAGCAGCAAAGAUAUUAAGACCAUUCUUGGGACACACAGGGUUGUGGUAGACAGGUAUAUUUUAACUUAAUUUCUCUAACUUAUGCAGUAGAAAAAGGAAUUCUCAAUAUAGGAUAAAAAUAAUGGAAAUUCUUGAAAAAUAACAAGAUUUUCACUAACUAAAUACAAGGAAAUAUAAUUAGGCCUUUUAAAAAGUCUAAUAAGUUAAUAAAAAACAAUUCUCAUUUAAAUAAUAAUGUAAAUGUUACUUUCGACAGAAACAUUUUGAAACUUGUAAAGAUUGACCCCUACAAAGAUGGCAAGUAUUUUGAUGAAGUUCAAAUGAUUGGCUCAGUUCGAUGUAUGGCAGAGCCAGAGCCAGGCAAGCAUUGCACCAACAAACUUGGUAGUAUGAUGCUGUAUGCCAGAGUGCCCUUCCUUGUGUUAGGGAUAAAAUAUUUUGGCUUUGAUGUCAACAGUAAAAUUGGCUUGGAAUUCUACAAUCAAUGGAAAAAAGUCCCUUAUUUUAUUGAUGAGAUUGAACCUGAAGACAUUCAAAGGUUUGAAAUAAUUUUGUAUAAGUGCUCUCAUAAUGUAACAGCCAAAUAGCCAACAUUAAAUAUAUUUGCGUUUCCAAGUUCCGAAUAAAAUUUAGGCCAGAAAAGUUAUUUAUGCACAUGAACUCAGUUUAGUAAAAUGAAAUAUAUGAAAGGGUUCACAAGCAUGGUUUAAAGGAAUGAAUGAUGUGAUUCAGUUAUGGUGGAAAAAUAGCUGGGAGAAAAUGUAUAUUUUUUGACCAACAGUAACAUUUUUCAGAGAGCAUUUAGAUCAAGUUUAGAAGUAUGGAAUGUAGCCUAUAAAUAAAUAUGUUAUAUUAACCAUCUCUUUACUUUUCAAACAAUUAACAUUUAUUUAAAUUCAACUUAAUGGAAUUUCUAUUAAAAAUUCCAGUAUGACUCAUUACCUUGUAAAUAUAUUUGAACCAACCAGUUUUUAAAAAAAAAACAACUAAGGAUACCGGUACUAAUUAUUUUUAAAUGAAAUAUCAGAAAAUUCAGUGAUUUAUUAAUUUUUCAGAUAUUUGCCUGAAAAAACUAUUGAAACCAAUCCUGGAAAUGAUGAUGUGGAGGAUGAUGAUGAUGAUGAUGAUGAUGAUGAUGGAGAUGGGGACAGUGAUGAUGAUGAAGGAAACAAACCACCUGAACUAGAAAGUCCUGUUAAAAAUAUUCAAACGCAUCAUUUCAAUGUACAAGAUAUGAGUUCUACAAAAUUUAAGCAUUCUGUAGAAACCCAAAAGUCAGUGAGGUCAGAUGAUGGUCAAUCAGACACGGAUAGUGGAAGAUAUUCAGAUAAAGCUAGUAUUUCUAGUGCAACGUCAACAACUGAGCUUAAGCAGGUCAUUCCAGAUGUCAGACAUCAAUUACUACUUGGUCCAGAAGAACCAAAUAAUGUCAGAAGAGCGUUUGUUACAGGAUACAGUAAUCCUGAUAAAAAGCCGGCUGUACAGAUAACUCAACAAUCAAGUGAAUUGCUAAGCAGUUUUAAAGAAAUUCAGCCUUAUUUUUCUGAAUUUUCAGACAUCAGUGCUUUAGUCCCCCCAACUAAUUUUUCUACAGAGAGCCAUAUUGGAGCUCCUCUUGUUAGUGACUGUAGUGACAUAUCUGUACAAAAACUUGAAGACAGAAAUAGUGGGGAAAACAGUUCUGGAGGACCUGGACAAUCAACCCCAGCCAACGAAAUGCCUUCUUUAGAUUCUAUACAAGUAAGUUUAGAAAGUGAUACUAGAGACAGUUCGCCUACUGCUCCAGACAGUAGUGCUGGUCCAACCAGUUACAUAGGGCCUGGUGUGGGGGCUGUGGCUGAUCCAGUCAAUCAUAUAGGGCCUGUGUUAAGAAGUUUAGAAAGCAAUGAUGGGGACAGGUCACAUUCUAGUUCAGUAGAUGAUAACUAUCAGAACCAAAAACCUGUAAAUCAGAUUCCAGAGGUCAAAGGUGAUGGCGAAGACUCUGUUGGAAAUUCCCCACAUUCUCAAGCUGAUGAUGUCCUGCAAAUUUCACAGGAUGAAACAGAUGAUGAUGAAACAGAUGUAAAAAAACCUCUGCCUGGAUAUGGUGCAGGACAACAAAGGAGAGAUGGAGAUAAUGAUGAUCCUCCCAGUCAAAAAGGUUCAAGCAUGAUGUCCACGUUGCUAUAGAGACACCAUUAUGGAACUUUUUUUUUUUAAUGUUGUCAAGUGUGAUAUAUUGCCCACAUAAAAUGCUCGAUACAAGCAUGUUCAUUUGCUUCACUUAAGAGAAAAAAGGUGACGAAUUGUAAUUUAAAAGUGAUUGUGCAUAAUUUUUAUUUCUGUUUCUUCAGUUUAAAAUUGAUGUCUAAUCAUGUUGAUUAAUUUGUUUCAGCUGCAUGAAAAUGCUUUUAUAGUUUUAAAAAUAUUUUUUAGUAGACUGACAACACACUACAACAUUGUUCAUAAAACUUGUCAUGCAAACAACGCAUACAAUGUUUAAGUCCAUCCUGUACAUCCAUUAUCUACAGCUCUUGCAGCCAAUAUUUUAUCUUCAUUAAUUCAUCACAGUUAAAUUUGAUUGUAAAAUCACAUUAUCACAUUCAACAUCUGAACCAGCAAAUAGCUUAAUUUCAGAGAUUGGUUUUAACACCCCUUUCUUACAAUUGCAAGGAUCCUUGCAACUGUGGAACAUAAAAAUAAUAAAGACAAAUAAAGAGAUUUAACUGAAAAGGGAUCCUGGUUACCUUAUUCCACAUGAGAAACAGAAUUUUUUUACUACUCCUGUC